AUGAAAAUCCCCGCUGAAAUUAUACAACACAAAUUUUGUAUCCAAUUAAAAACGUUUUACAACUCGGCAAAUGCUGUCGUCAACGUAACCGUUUUCUACGAAAGUCUUUGUCCCGACAGCAUAAGGUUUAUUAAAAAGCAACUUCAUCCCACUUACUCGGAACUUAAGGAUUACAUGAACGUGGAACUAGUGCCGUUUGGAAAAGCUCGAUACAUGAACGAUCCCUGGAGAAUAUCGUGUCAGCACGGACCCCGAGAAUGUGCCGGAAAUGCCGUACAGGCAUGUGCUUUAACGAAAUUUCCAGAAAAUGAAAUGCAAGUUAAUUUCGUACACUGCGUCAUGUCUCAAAGAUAUCCCCCGGGAGCCGGAUCGUGGUGUGCCAAAGAAUUGAAUUACGACUACAGAGGCGUUGAUGAAUGUUCGAAAAAUGAUGAGGGAAGACAACUUAUCGCGAAAUUCGGAGAUCGAACUUUUGCCUACAAAAAUAUUUUGACCUUUGUGCCGACCAUUUUAUUAAACGACGAAUUUUCCGAAGAGUCACAAAGGGAAGCAUUGACGAAUUUGAAAUUUGGAAUUUGCAAAAGAUUGGAAGAACCCGUUCCCGACAAAUGUAAAUAA